AUCACGAAAACUCGCUCUUUCCAACUUAUGUGAUCUACGGAGUUCUCUCCCCUCUCAAACAGCAUGGGAAACAAAAUAAUGGCGUCCCGCAGCCGUCGCAUCACCAGACCAAACGGUGAAAUAGUCGGAUCAUAUGAUGAGUUAAACAGCACACAUUUGCCCCGAUCAAGCCAUGUCAGAAAAACAAAAGAAACCUGGAGUGCUGGUCUGUAUCCAGUAGAGGUGAUAGAUGAGGGCGAAGAAGGAUAUGUGAAAGUCCAUUACUUGGGAUGGAACAGGAAGCAUGAUAAAAAGGUGCCAGCAGACCAAAUUGUGAGGAUUCCUCACCAGACUUCAUCCUUUGCCCACCAGUUGGCAAUAACUAUCAAAGAAAAUUUAACCCCUGGAAAGUGUGAUAGCCUUGUAAAGGUAAAAGUCCCUGUUACAGAAGAAGAGUUUGGUCAAAUCUCAAAUAGUGGGACGCCCUACAAAAUUACAAGAACAAAAACAGUGUUCAGAAUCAGCAGCAGAAACCGCUUAAACAUAUUGCUUGGUGAAGGCUGGGAUUAUAGGAUCCUGAAUGAAGAGGGAGAUAAUUUUUAUGUAAAGACAGCAACUGUAAAGUUCUAUCUACAUACCAGGAAACCACUGAAUGAUUUCCUUGUUUAUCCUGACCACAUUGAAAGGUAUGCCCUGGAUAGGGGCAUGCAGCUGGUUUUUUCUUUUGUGAAAAUGGCAUCCAACAACAACAAUCAUCAAAAACUCUUGAAUGCAAAUGAACUUUAG